AUAGUCAGUUAGUGCAGACCAGCGCUCGAGUCGUUUCGCUGGUACGUCCAUCCGUUCCGCGAGCUACCCGGUUGAAUACGUUAAUCGCCGUUGUCAGUUUAAAAAAUAAUAUUAAUCGUAAAUCGUUAAAAUAAUUGUUUAGAAAAAAUUAAAUCAGUUUUAUUUGUUGUAUUUUUUUUUUGUUCAUUUAAAAAAAUUUUUUUUUAGAAAAAUGUCAAUACUUAUAUGCUACUUGAAAAGAAAAACGACAUGGUCGUCUGGUCUCGGUGUUUCGUAUUAAUAAUAGGCCGAGAAUGUCCCUUGGGCACGGCUCCAACGUGAAGCCGCCGCCGUUGUUUCGUGUGUUUUAUCAUAAUAAACACAAUCUCGAGAUUCUACUUUUUUCCGUUGGUUUUUAACGCGCAAAAUAAUAUUUUCGUAUGAAAAAGCAAACGUAAACCUAUUUUGUAGUAUCGUAAUUAUUGUUCGGCGACCAGAGCGGUGCGGUAGACAACUCGAGUAUCAUAUCGCGGUCCGAGUCCUCGUCGAAUGUUGAUGCAUGGAUACGUUAACCAGAAACAUGCCGUCCAAGAAACAAUACAACCUCGUGCCCAACGACGACUACGACACGAGAAUACCAAUGCAUCCGGAAGAAGCGUUCGAGCACGGUAUUACAUUCCACGCCAAGUUCAUUGGAUCACUAGAUGUCCCCAGACCAGUGAACCGAGUCGAGAUAGUGGCAGCCAUGAGGCGGAUUAGAUACGAAUUUAAAGCCAAGGGUAUAAAAAAGAAAAAAGUGUCCAUAGAAGUUUCUGUUGAAGGGGUUCGAAUCACAUUAAGAAAGAAAAAAAAGAAAAAACAAUGGAUGGACGAGAAUAGCAUGCUACUAAUGCAACAUCCUAUUUAUAGGAUAUUUUACGUUUCUCACGAUUCUCAAGAUAUGAAGAUAUUCAGUUACAUCGCUCGAGACGGUUCCACCAACGUGUUCAAGUGCAAUGUUUUUAAGGCCAACAAAAAAAGUCAAGCGAUGCGGGUCGUACGGACAGUGGGACAAGCGUUCGAGGUGUGCCACAGAGUUAACCCGUCCGAGGAGGGCGACUGCAGGGACGAUGACGACGAGGACGAGUCCUGUAGGAACGUCGGCAGUGGCCACGACGAAGAAGACCCUGGUCGUCAGGACGAUUCGGGAGACGAAGACGACGGCGACGGGGACGACGGUUCGGUGUCUAAGAGAGGCACGUUCGAAAAUCAAGGUAGGCUGGACACGUCGAUUACCAACGAAUCUGUAUCUUCGCUGGACGGAACCAGAAGAGACGGUGGUCCCGGCCACAACGCGCAACGGCCUUUGCGACUAGACAUCAUUCCACCUCCACCGGUUUCAAACCACAGACGUUCCUCGCCUAUGAACGGCAGUGAGGUGUUUAGUUCCCCGAUGACUGAAACAUUAAAAGGCGAAGGGAUUGCGUUGUCCUCAUUGAGCGUCCAACACGAGAUGCAGUUGUUGCGCCAGCAGCUGGACCAGCAGACGCACCAGACCCAGGCGGCCGUGGCACAAGUGCACAUGCUCAGGGAUCAGUUGGCAGCCGAGACAACGGCCAGAAUGGAAGCCCAGGCACGAACUCAUCAACUUCUGGUGCACAACAAAGAACUAUUAGAUCAUAUAGCGUCCCUGGUGUCGUUGCUCCACGACCAGGAACGGAUCAGGAGCGAUCUGCAACAUCAUUCUUUACCUCCGCAUUCGAUGAUGUGCGACAUGAGCACUCCGUCGUCGGCGCCGGCGUCGUACAUGCCGGACUUACCUCCUCUGUCGCCCCGGCACAGGAAUCCUUAUCACAUACCCGUUAACUUCGACUUCAACUUCAAUCAGCCCGCGCAAACGGCAGACCAACAGUUCCAGGCGCAGUUGCUGCAGCGGCUCCAGUCGUUGACCGGCACCAUAACCAGCUCGGCCGGUAACCAGUUCCAACAGAGAAUGCCUUAUCAACCGCAUUUGUUCGCACCGUCCCCGCACCAACAGCCCACGGUCUCGCCCACCGUCAACAGAGUGUCGCAAGCAUCCUCUUACGCCGGAUCUCCGGUCACCAACCGGUCAACUUCCGGAGAUAGCGCCGCGAACGAUGGCAUUAUCAAACCGCUGUCUGACGACCAUCAGGUAACGGUGGUCGUCGACAGGACCGUGGAAGACUCGGUAUCGGUUCCGGACACCCCGGUGUUAGCGCCUCCUCCUCCGGGUAAACAGAAGUCUUUGCUAAAAGUGUCGGGAAGUAGCGGCGCCAGCAGACUAGCGGGCGGCAAAAAGACGACAACUGUGGUGGGCAACGGGCCUAUCACUAGAACGACCAGUGAAAAAGUGCCCAACAAGAGCAACUUGAUGAGUCAAGUUCAACGGACAGCGUGGGCUAGGCACACGACAAAAUGACCUUCUUUGAGCGGUUUCCAGGUUGUUUUCUUUUUAUCCAGAACGCGAACAUGGGAGUGGCCUAAUUUGAAUAAUCCUGUUAGUGGCUGCUCAUUAAUGGGAUGAAUUUAAAUUAUUCGGUUUGAUCAAUAUCCUAUGUCCCGUGACAGCACUACAAUCUGGAGCUAUAUAAAAUGUGUUUUUUUAAGGCAGUUAAGUGCGUAUAACAACCACACUGUUGUUUUGAUUGACGGUAAACCGAACGAUUUUCUAUUGUAUAUUGUUUAUCCUUCUAAUGAAUUCAAUAGAGCUCAACCAGCAUAAUAUAUUAUAUUACUCAUUCAUUAAUUGAAUAUAAAGCCUUGUUUUUAUUUUGCGUGACAUGAUAAUUUACCUAUAUUAUGUAUUAUUAUAACAGCUGCUGAGCCUCCUUCGAUAAUUAUGAAAUUCCCUCACGACCUAAAGGGACAUUUUCUAGAAAUUAUUUUAAGGAGGGUUUUCGCUUCGUUGUGAAGCGGUUUUUAAACUAAACAAUAAUGAAAAAUCGAGCAUUAUCUCAGAAGUGACAUUUAAAUAACUGAAUAUUUAUUCGUCUGUGAGCUUUGGAUAUUAUAGAUAUUUGGAUAAGCUAACGACUUAUCCAAUAAAAUAAUAUACUCUAUAACAGACUGACUAUUUUAUAUUAAUACUUUUUAUUGUAGUAUGC